UCUUGGGAAAUAUGUCAUAAAGAUGGGGGACCUGUCCAUUUGUAUUUGUAUUAAAAAAUGACUCUGCUGUGCAGCAGGUAAUCAUGGGUAAGUCAGUCUAUUCAGGCUGCAUGAGGUUUCUUUAAUUUUUAACAGGGCAAAGUGUUAUUGUAAGAUCUCUAUGGAAACGAUGUGUUGAUAUGUUGGCACAGUUUGUAGCAGUUUUCAGACUGGCUUGACAGAACUGCCAUACUGUCUAAACUGGAGGAACAAAAUGCCGAACAGAGCUCAGGAGGAUGCGGUUAUUAACCUGAAGUCGGUCCAGGAUCUGUCGCGGUACCUGGGCUUUGAGUGGCCGGUUCUGGCCUACGAGCUGGGCUUCACUCGGGCGGAACUCAGGCGGUUCCACACGGUAGCGGCAGAGAAGAAGGCCCAGGCCAAGAGCAUGCUGGAGUGCUGGUACAGCAGGUCGUGGGACAAGCCCAAUAAGACCAAGCUCCUGCGGGACGCUUUGGAGCGGGCGGGGCGGAGGGACCUGUCGGACCGCCUGCUGUGUAUUCACUGGGGGCACCAGAAGCUGAGCUCCAGGGUGGAGCUGCCCGCGGCCUUCCCCUUCAUCAUCACCGUGCACAAAACCAUAGACAACCACGAGGGCCUGCGCAGGAUCAACGAGCUCAACCGCCGAUAUACCUAACUGUCCCUGUAACCCACGUCAUCACGUUGACUGAAGAGGUCUCUCUUAUCAGCUCAAAUGAAAAAAAGGCUCAUAGAAGGCUUUUCCUUCUUUCACAAAAAAGGUCUAUUCAACUGCAAUUUUCUUCUAGUCUGAAGAUUUGAGUGGAAAUUUUAAAAUUCUGUUUUGAUUGCUGUAGCCAAUUUAUAGUGUGCUUGGACUGAUUUUAAUGGAACACGUUUGGCUUGGAAAUGGGUUAAUACAGUACAUGCGUUGAACAGUUAAAGAAUAUAUCCAGCCAGUACUGUGCUGUUAAGGUGAUUUUCAAAAUUACAUUCUUGAACCUCAAAGUCAGUUGGCUCCAUUGCUGAAUUAUUUCUGGAUUGUAUUAAUCAGAAUAUUUUGUGCUAAAAAAAAAAAAAACUAUUCCCCAAGGAUGAAUAAUAUAUACAGUCAUCUGUAUUUUUGUCAGUGGCUGCAACACAGCUGUAAUCGCUGUUGUCUUUCCCAUGUGGAGGUCAGCAGAAAGGCAGAGUUUGACCUUAAUCCCUUGGAAAAUCUGUUCAAAAUCGAAUUUGAAAAUGGGAAGCUUACACUAAAUUGUGUGCUUGUUUGUUUUCUUUCAAAUGAAGGAUAAGCACCUGAAUCAAAUAUGCCUACAAAAUGUGAUAAUUUGAUGGUUGUCUUGCGAUACAACCAACCUUCUUAAUUUCAAUUCCCUGUUUUAGCUAAAUACUUUUUGCAAAUACUUUGUCAAAUAAAUGCGCGUAAAUUCUA